AAAUUUUGAUGAAUCGUGUUCCAAACACUUCUUCGUGUUUGACUUCUUCGUGUUCCAAACAUUGUUUCUGCUAAAUCGCCAGCUACAAUUUGUGGUGACAUUCAUGGACAAUUUUAUGAACUUAUGAAGCUUUUUAAAAGUGGAGGAUCGAUUUUGGAGACUAAUUAUGUUUUUCUGGGAGAUUAUGUUGACAGGGUUCGCGGCAAUCACGAAACUCGAAGAGUUUCCCACCAAUACGGUUUUUAUGACGAAUGUCAACACAAAUAUGGAAAUUCUGUUGUUUGGACUUGGUUUUGUCGUGUAUUUGAUGUUCUUCCAAUUCGUGCAUUAAUUGAUAACCAAAUAUUUUGUGUUCAUGGAGGGCUUAGUCCAGAAUUGCCUACUUUAGAUGCUAUAAUGUGCUUGCAAAGAAGUGUGGAAGUUCCGGCAAAUGGUGCGCUUUGUGAUUUGGUUUGGUCAGACCCAGACGAUUCUGAUUGUGGCUGUUUCUUAAUCCUCGUGGUGCUGGAUGGUUAUUUGGCCGCGAUGUUGUAGAAAAAUUUCUUGAAGUUAAUGGGCUUUCAUUAAUUUGUCGGUCACAUCAAUUUGUACAGGAAGGCUUUAAAUAUAUUUUUGACGAUGUUGUGCACUGUUUGGUCAGCCCCCAAUUAUUGCUAUCGUUGUG